AGUCUGUUUGACCGCAUCCGAAACGUAUCUAAUCUACAAUACUUUCAAAUCGUCUAAAAAUGAAUCAACAAAUGCAAGUUCUGAUUAUUUUUUCUCUGAUAUCGAAUAUAAUUGCCCAUGAAUGCUCUAAGCCAGGAAGAUUCCGAGAUCCGGAUGAAGAAGAAGGGAACUGUGAAUUGUAUGUAACAUGCCUACCAAAUGCGGAUGGUACUUUUGAAAUGAGAAAUGACCAGUGCAAUCCGGGGAGUUUGUUCAGUGCGAAAUAUCAACGUUGCAUAGUUGGUGAAGCAUGUGACAGCCUGGAAGACUUUUACUCCAUCGAAUACGAGUGCAAGGAAUGCGGAAAGUAUGUGAAUAUUAAGUCACAGGAUUGUCGGCAAUUUGUGAACUGUUUAAAAACCAAGGAUCCCGGAGUGUAUAUUCCUAUAAAACAAAAUUGUCCAAAGGAUCAAGUUUUUUCGGCAAAAACAUUAUCAUGUGUAGAUGAGUCUGAAUAUCAGUGCCCACCAAUAGUUCUAAAGUUUUUGUCCGAUUUUGUAUGCCUGGACGUCGGCAGGUAUCCGGAUGAAUCCAUACCAAAUUGCCAUGGAUACCGACUUUGCUCAAAACUACGGAAUGGAACACUGGUGUCAAAGAAUUUUCUUUGUGAAAAUAAUACAAUUUUCUCAGAAAUUGAACGAUCGUGUGUUUCGUCCGAUAGCUAUGACUGUCCAGAUGAUGGAAACAACGACUUUAUUUGCCCAGGUGUUGGACGAUAUCCAGAUAAAAUAUCUAAGACCUGCGAGACAUACCAUAACUGCGUUCUAAAUUCGAAAGGCAUUUUACGGCCUACUGUAUCUACUUGCCCUGGAGGAACUAUUUUUUCCGCGAUAACAUCCAAAUGCGUUUCCUCAUCCGAAUAUGUAUGUCCAACCCAGCUAGCUGAAAUUGAACAAUUCGCACAGCACGCCGAUAAUGAACCCUCCACUAUCUCGAAACAAGCGACAAACGAAGAGAAGACUGCCGUUUGUAGUAAGUCCGGACGAUUUGCCAAUGAAGAUGAUGAACUUUGCGAGACUUACUAUAUUUGUUCACGAGAUCUACAAGGUAAUUGGUUCAAGGUCAUUGAGCGAUGUCCGUCUGGGUCGUUAUUCUCUUAUGAACUAGAACGAUGUGUGAGUGACGCAGAUUUCGUCUGUUUUGUACAAGCAACGGAGUUUUCGCUAACUACUUCUACUGAAGUUAACCACUUUGAAUGUAUAGGUGCUGAACGAGUCCCUAACAACGAAGAUAUCACCUGCAAAACAUACUAUUUAUGUUCAUUGAAUUCGAAUAAUACACUAUCGCGUGUACUGUUUACUUGUCCUCAGGAUUUGGUAUUUUCGUCGCAAUUGAAUAAAUGCGUCAAAGACUCUGACAGACUACAUUGCUCUAACGAACUCUCUUCUGUUUCGUCAGACAAUUCCGAUGAGUCCGGCGACGGUUUGGAUUCAACGACCAACUAUCAGGGAGUAUCGGAGAUGAUACCCACAAUCGAAACAGUCAGUGAUCUAUUGACAUUAGCAUCCAACAAAAACCAAAUUCUUCACACGACAACAACUCUGACAACAACCUACGAAUAUCCCUGCACCGCAACCGGUAGAUUUGCGGAUAUUAACUCAGUAAACUGCCGAUCGUAUUUCCUGUGCACAGAUGAUAAAUCAGGUGGAAUAAUUUCGGUACACCUAAAUUGCCCAAGCGGUAUGGUAUUUUCACGAAAUGAAAAUAAAUGUGUUGUAUCAACCAAAUACCUAUGUUAGAUGUAAAUGCACUUUGUAUUUUUUUCCAAAAAUAGCAUGCUCUAAAACAACCCAUAGUAUCUUGAUCCUGAUGAUGUAUAAAAAUUGACCAUAUAACAUGAAAAGAAUCAUGUUGUAUACCAAGAAUUCAUAGAAUGUUACGUUAAAUAUGAUUCCUUGAAAUAAUAAUCACGCAAAAACACGAAAGAUUUUUCAGGAUAAAUGAUAAAGUUCUGGAAUAAAGCUAGUCAUUGAACCAGAGAAUUGAUGUUAUUCAAAAAAAAAGAAAAAUACGCCAUUCUAACUUACUGCUUCCUUGCCUACUGUAUUUUUAAACAUACUAAAGAAAAUCGGAAACUUUACUAAUGAACACUGAAGUUGUUUAUACAAAAAAAUUAGAGGGUUGUAUUCAAGACACGACUGAGCACAAUAACAUUAAAAAUGGAACGUUCCUAGGGUCUUCAUAAUGUAUACAAAAAUAAAGAGAUGAUGA